UCAUGCCUUAAAAGAUAGAAAAUCGAUUACCAAUAUGCUCUAAAUUAAAACCAAAAUUAUAAGAUUAUCACCAUCCUUAGGAUCAUCAACAAGAGCUGGAACUGAAAGAAAUUCUUUUAGACAUAGGAGAUUAAAGACUCCAAUCGAUGAUGGAAUAUAGUUAAUAAAAACUAGUAAAUCGUAAUAAGUAUGUAAAGAUAAUUGAGGAGGUAUCUCCAUUAAAAGAUGUUUGUCCUUGGAACACUUAGACACCAUUACAGAAAUUCAUGAAAAUUGAUAAGGCCACAGAUAAAGAAAAAAAAGUUUUACAGUAAUUUAUAUGCAAUAAAUGGCUAAAAGAAGUGAUAUUAAAAAAAAGCAUUCAUGUAGCUAUUCCUAAAGAAUCUGAAGAAGAGAAGAGAAUUAGAUUAUAAGAAUUUGAAACAUCAGAACAUCAUCGAUAAUUAAGAAUAUAGCAAUCUUUAACUCCAUGCAUGAGUAAAAUGGAGAAGGUUUUUUGCAAAAUAAAAAUCUUUUGUAAAUUAGCAAGUUAGCGAGGAAUACCUUUAAGUGAUUAAAUCAGAAUUAAUAACGAUUAUCGUCGACUUGUGUUUUUUGUACAUUUUCGAAAUGAAGAUUACAAGAUAUGUGAUUAAAUGAUCAAUUCAGAUCCUCAAAUAAAAAAUGCAAUUGAUAUGGUAUAAGUUACCUCAAUUUAAAGUAAGGUGAUAGACCUUUACAUAUUGCAGUUAGAAGAAAUAAUUUGAGAUAAUUAACAUAUAUAUUAAGUAAGUAGCCUGAUUUAGAAGCAAUCAAUUUUUAUGAAUAGACGGCGCUCAAUUUAGCGAUAUUAUUAAAGCAUUUUGAAAUCUAAAAAGUAUUUUUAUGAGAUAAAAAGAUUCUUUUAGUUUAUGGAUGUAGUCCUUGGAAGAUAUUCAAACCAAAUAAAUUAGUAAGGACAGCUAUUCUUUAUAGGAUGAGAAUGAUAUGUGAGC